GGUCCAAGCCAAAAUUGCAGCGCCUCCUUUCCUUCCGACUCUCCAAUGUUCACAGCUCGGCCGGAGACCGUCGUCUUCCCGGCUCCAUUUCAACAGGAUUUUUUACACUCCUAACCACCCCAGAUCAGGACGAGACCGAUUCUAAGGGGGAAAACAUGUCCAGUGAAAGACAACGAUCAGAUGACGAAAGUCCGAGCACCAGCAGCGGGAGUUCUGAUGCAGAUCAGAGAGAUCCUCCCGUGCCAGAGCCAGAGGAGCAAGAGGAGAGAAAGCAGCCCUCACCUCCUCAGCAACAGAAGAAGGCAACCAAACUGUCCAGCAAAACAACAGCGAAAUUGUCCACCAGUGCUAAAAGAAUUCAGAAGGAGCUAGCUGAAAUCACUUUGGAUCCCCCACCCAAUUGCAGCGCGGGACCCAAAGGCGACAACAUCUACGAAUGGAGAUCCACCAUCUUGGGGCCCCCCGGCUCUGUGUAUGAAGGUGGAGUGUUCUUCCUGGACAUCACCUUCUCGUCGGAUUACCCCUUCAAGCCACCAAAGGUUACUUUCCGCACAAGGAUCUAUCACUGCAACAUCAACAGUCAGGGCGUGAUCUGCCUGGACAUCCUGAAGGACAACUGGAGCCCGGCACUCACUAUCUCCAAGGUCCUCCUCUCCAUCUGCUCCCUACUGACGGACUGCAAUCCCGCGGAUCCUCUGGUGGGAAGCAUAGCCACUCAGUACCUGACCAACAGAGCUGAGCAUGACAGGAUAGCCCGACAGUGGACCAAGAGAUAUGCCACAUAAGACGUCAGGAUCCCGCAACCCGCCCACUUCCCUCCACCCCUCCCCUUCAACUCCCCCUCCCCCCACACCUGCCGCCGCAGUGUAAAGAUCCAGGAGGCAACUUUACAACGUGCAACAAAUCUUUAUAGCCUUUACAAUACGGACUUCUGUGUAUAUGUCAUACCGAUUCUGCCCCGAGUUUUUACCCACCGUGGACUGGGAAGAGGGAGCCCAACAGGUAAAGACUAUCGGAGUAGAAUUUUGUAGCUGUAGAUUUAGUUAUGUUUAAAUGCCUACUUGCAAGUCUUGCUUCUUUGGGAUAUAAAAAUGUAUUUUGUGAUGUAAUAAGGAAGAUGUUCCUAAAAAGUCAACCAAAUAUUAUGGUGCAUUUUAGCCUAAUCCAUUAUCUGUAUGAAGUUAUGAAAAAUAUGAAAAAAAAAAAAAAAUCUAGCGUAGAUUAUUAGAAAUGAUGUCAUUUAUAUGAAACCCAGAUCCAUUUCCAGUUAUGUGGUACAUGCUGUUGUGCUGUGUUUUCCCUCUUGUCAGUUUGUAAUGAAGACCUCUCAUUGAACGUUUUGUAGCUCAGCAGAAUGAGCCACCACUGUAACACCCCCCUUCUCUCCCUCCCCCCAACUCAAAAACACAAUAAACUUGUCCCCCAGGGUAA